AAGCGAAAAAAAGAGAAGAUGCAGGCUGGAAAAGGAGAGGAUUAAGGCGUGUAUGUGUCUGGGGGAGGAGAGGACAGACAAGGCCUCGGUUAUGACCAUUGCAGUCUGCCAGUUGUCUCGUCGUAGGAAAUGCCGGAUGCGUCUGCUUGCACCAGAGAAAGGACACAAAGGCUGAGCUUUAUUGGUGAUAUUUAGCUUAGACAGCCAGGUUGUAACCUUAAGAAAAACAACCCAAUUGCCCGUGAUAAAAGGACCGUUAUAUAGCACCCAAAUAACCUCGCCCCACUCUCCGUUUUUAGAUUGCUUUCAAACCCACAAACCUGUAGACACUGGGUAGCACAUGUUGGGAGCUGUUUUGAUAUUUUAAUCCCCAGUAAUGGUUUGGACACAUUUCUGCACGUUUUACUUAAUUUAUAAAAACCUUGGUAUUUUUAAACCAGCCGCUAAACCACCAAAAAUGGGGUUGGACGAUUAUUAACGGACACCAUUAAAUUAGUCAAUUAAUUCAUUAAUAAAAUAAUCACAUCCACCACACCUUUUUAGGAUGUGACAAUUUGACGUUGUAAAGUGUUUUAAAGUCGCCCCCACCCCUAACACAAACUCCACUCACACACACUCCUUUGUAUCACACUAUGUUCGAUUACACUAAUAUAAGAUCUAUUGACAGAAGUUAUAACUUUUAUUGCUUAUGAAACAAAAUAUUUCCCAAUAAAGGCUUGAGGAUUUCCCAUUAAAAUAUGGUGGGGAAAAUGGUGGCCAUUUAGUUUAGCAGCAGGCUGAUUUAUUAUUUAUUGUUCUGUCCCACGGUCACGUGUUUGGGGCACCCUAUCCAGUCUUGGGCAAGGUCCAAUUUUCUGGACGCAUUGAGCCCCUAGCUGAUGCACGAAAGCAGUACAUUUUAUUCAAUGAAUCAGAUUUUUCUAAACAUUGCAACACAGUAACAUAUUCCAUACAUAUUUUUGGGGCUUUUGCAUUUUCGCAAUGUCGACGAUGGGGAGUUAUUACGUUGAAUCGCCUCUCAUUUCCGAGCAAGAAGACAUGGCACCGAGGUACUCGUCGUCUGCAGGGGUGGAGCAGGCGAUGCUCUCCGGAUAUGGCGGUCAGGAAUCUUUCCCUUUGCAGGCAAAAUCUUCUAUUUUUGGUGGAUCUUGGAGUCCUAUCCCGACACACCCUCCAAACACAACGGCUCCGACCUAUAUACACCACCACUACACGAGCGGGGACAACGAUGGUAUGUUUACGCGCUCCUGGGCGUUGGAUCCGGUCUCUGCGUCGCUGUGUUUGACGGGAUUACCAUCGACAACCAUGCAUUAUGACAUAAAACCCGAGCCUAUGAUCGGGACUGCUGAAUGUACGACGUUGGAGACGCACACACCUCUUUUGUCUGACAUUGAAAAUGGAGCGUCCCUUACGGAGAUUUCCUGCGAAAGCACUUCUACAUCUAAAGCCACUGAAGAUAAACCGUCAGUAGAAGACAAGGAGGAGAUAAAUGCAAACGACCCAUCGUCCAACUGGCUUCACGCGAAGCCCUCCAGAAAAAAGCGUUGUCCAUAUACAAAGCAUCAAAUCCUAGAACUGGAAAAGGAGUUUCUGUUCAACAUGUAUCUCCCCCGGGAUCGUAGAUACGAAGUGGCAAGAGUCCUGAGUUUGACCGAGAGACAGGUGAAAAUCUGGUUUCAGAACCGCAGGAUGAAGAUGAAGAAAGAAAACAAACACCAGCGGAGAGACAGUUAGCGUGGCUUUGGACUGAUGUGGGACUCCAGGAUGAGGGGGGGG